UGAUAGUUCAAAACAGUAUGGCCUUUAACCCGUUAAUGUGACGUCACAUAUUAUAUACAUGUGCAUUAAUAAGGGGUUCCUUCGACGUGUGUUGACAGAGUCGUACAAUGUAGACCUAGUGUAAAGACAGUGUUUCAUGGAUUGACCGUAAAUAAAAGAUAGUUAAGAAGACAAAAUGCAGGGAUACAAACUAGAAUAUUUAAAGGCGUUGGAUGAUUUUGGACAGGUGGAGGACAUAGCCGACGAAUGGGGAGUGAAUCUGGAGGGGCUGGCUGAUCUAGAUUCCAUGAAGGAAAGAUUAGUACUCCAUAAACUUAAAGAGAGUAAUCAACAGUACUUUAAAAUGGCCGAUGGUGGGUUCGCUGUGAUGAAAAGUAAACAUGAGAAGAAAAGAAAGGCCAUAAUUGAUCUGUUGAAUAAGGUACGAGAAAGUAUCGACCCCUGCAUUAACUCCAUCAGUACGGUUCUAAAAGCUGGCAACUUGUGUGAUGAUCUGGAUGCAGACUUCACUAGGCAUUUAAACGAACUACAAACAUCAGACUGUUGUGUUGUAUUUUCAGGAGAAACCGGUGCUGGUAAAAGUAGUAUAUUAAACUUAUUACUGGGUGUGGACAUCCUACCAACACACUCUCUAAGCUGUACAUUCCUUAUUUGUAAACUUAAGUAUGGAAGCACAUACGGGUCGAAACUAUUCUACGAAAAUGGCAAUACAGAUGACAGAAGUUAUGAAAACCUGGAAGAGGCCAAAGCGAAUUUAGAUAAAACUGUGUUUGAGAAGAAUUUGAAUAAUCGAGCUGCCGUAUCCCGUAUAAAAGAAAUUGAAAUAUAUCUACCGGCUGAGAUUUUGAAGAGCGGUAUAACUAUAGUGGAUACACCAGGAUUUGGAGAGAAUGAGAAAUUAAAUAGAAUGGUAGCAGAGUUUUUAUCAUCUAAAACUAUAUCAGCAUUUAUAUAUCUGAUUAAAACUGAUAAUGCUGGCGGUGUUCAAGAAGAUAGGUUGCUUGAUUUCCUAAGGGAUAUUCGUAAAUUAAGAAAAACAUCGCCAUGCAACUUACGAGACGAUAUUGCGCCAAACGCCGCCAUGUUUAUAUGUAAUAGAUGGGACAAAAUAACAGAACACGAAAAAGUGAAGCAGAAUGCGUUAUCUAAGUUGAGUGAUGCGUGGCCAGGAUUUGAGAACAAACAGGCUCUUUUCUUUUCCACCGAAGCGGCGUCAAAACACAUACGUAUCGACAAAGACUAUAUCAGUGAGGAUUAUGCUACUUUAUUAAAGCAAUUGGUGAAUCUACUUCAAACAGCUUUAGAUUCUUCAAUAAAACAUUAUUACAGAUGGUUAAAGAAGAUUCUCCAACAAGCGACAAGUCACAUGUUAAGCAUGGUGUCACAAAUCGACAAAUCGGAUGAAGAUCUGAACAAAAAGUUUAAAGAUGCCGAGACCAAGUUAUCUACCCUUGGAACCAACUCUCAAACUAUAGUGUUCGCGUUGCACAAUGUUAUUCAAGAUAAAAGGCUGCAUCUCGCCGAGCUAAUAAAACAGAGUUUACGUGAUCACAACACUAAAAUACGCAUCAGAGGAUGGGAUCUGCGAGCUUCCCUUUAUUUGCGCCGUUCAUCGACAUUGUCCAUAGCAAGUACUGUUAGUAGUCUAAAUAAUAAAAAGACAAAUAGUUUUGAUGCCAUUGCUCUUCGGAGUUUGGUAGAUGAAAUCGAUUCGUGGAUUAAGGACAAUGGACACGCUGAAAAAAUGGCGGAAGAUGUGGAAGCACUAAUCGACGAACAUCUUCAGGGAUUAUUCAGGGAGAUGACCGCCAUUAAUGACGAAAUGACUGACAAUGCUUCCAUUGCGUCCUUCUCGUCCUCGUCCACUUUACCGGAAGAAGAACUAGAAGAUUUGUUACAUAGGGUAAUGACAAGGCAGAAGGGUGGGUUAGUUAACAAAGUGGAACGUCUUGCCGAGGGAAGACCAGACAAGAAUAUGGCCUUUCAACCAAAGGUCCUUGUCGCCCGUGCACUGUUAUCUACCAUAUUGGCUGUUCAGUCAACUCGCCGGAGGUCUAACAUGCACACAGAUCCCAACCAAUAUCUUAUAGACAGAGCUUUACAAUUCGCAGAGAUCAUGGUUCAUGACAAGGAGAUAACCUUGAGUCUCUGUAACCGCUACACAGAGCCUCUAAUACAGCAAAUCCACUGUAUCGAAAAGAAAAUCCCUCAAUUCAUUUCUACUACGAAAGAACUUAUAGAAGAAAUUCAAAAAGCAAGACACCGGGGAGGCCAAGACAAAGAAAUGUUUAAGGAAACUCUACGACAUUUGGAAAAAGCAAUUGAUCAUUUUCGGGGUUUUGGACUGUCUUAUAUCAGUGAUAUUCGUACGACGUCGUUAAAUAUUAAGUUGGAUGUGGAUCCAGCGUUAUCAGAAUCCUCAAACUCGGCUCUGGACAAAUCGUUAAACGAGAGUUCUGCAGGGUUUACAUACGGUAUUUGCUUCUACACUCAGAUGGGUAAAGUGGAUAUCAAGGGGAGAGAAGUCUGUUUUGUGAGUCGAACAAGUACGAUAACUCUAUCAGAGGAAACAAUUUAUAAAGAAACUGUAAAAAUUCGGUGUUUGGCUCAUGAUAAUAUAGCCCCAUUUCUGGGUAUAGUCAGAAGAGUGGAAAGGACCGUGUUCCUGUUUUCUGGAGAUUUUCGUCCACUCGGCAGAUUUAUCCGGAAUCCUCUCAUACGAGACAUCAAGACAAAGACUUCCAAAAUUAUUAAUGGUUUGAUUUUGGGUUUACAGUAUCUUCAUAAAGAAUCUUUGGUUCAUAUGGAAUUAUCACCCAAAACUAUUAUGGUUGAUUCCGAUACAGACGAAGUCAAGCUGAUUGGAGGCUGUCUGCCAAGACAGAUUAUAAUUCCUGAAAAUAACGACACUCAGAAAGUUGGACAUCUUGUCUAUCUUAGCCCCGAAGUUUUACGCGGGAAAAUGUACACGUCUGCAGAUGAUAUGUACAGUUUCGGUUUGGUGAUUUGGGAACUACUCGUCCAAGAAAAUCCUUAUAUCAAUUAUAAAUUCAAGAAACAGUCGGAAUUUAUAGAGAUCGUGAAUCCGAAAAGCAUGCUAUCUAUUAAUGCGGAUUUACCAGCAGGACUGAAGCACGUGUUAUCGGGAUGUAUAUUUGCCUCUCCUGAAGAAAGACUCAGCAUUGAUGACGUAAAGCGUUCGUUAACUGAGGCGGAGCUCAAACCAUUAAUAGACAAGUUACGGGUCCGUAAGCAAACACAUGUCAAGGGUCUUAGAAUAUCUAAGGCAGAAUCGGCAUCCAGCUUAGAUGAUUAAAAGAUUAAACUUGUGGUAGACUUUGUUCCAAACAAACCCGGUGGUUAACGUCCUGGUUUGUAUUGGAAUUUAGCAUCGUCAAUCUUUUAUCAGAGUCAUGUUGUUACAUGUUUUUGUCUACGGGUACCUGUGUAAGGGGAACGUGGACAAUUGAGCCCGUUGUUCAACGUUUCAGUCUUGUGUGCAUCUUUAUUUGUUUCUGUGAUGGUGGUGAUGAUGUUGGUGGUGGUGGUGAUGAUGCCCGAGUAUAAGGGAGAAUCAGACUUGAUAGUUCAUGGUGAUCCAACUCGACUUUGAAUACUGUACUCAAGUGUGUAUCAGUACCCACCGACACAUAAACAAAACAUGGGUUUGAAUGUGAAUUCCUCAAAUAAAAAGUGAUAUUAGGUGUUCUAGUAAAAGUGGGCGUUUCUUGUCUUGUGCACGAAUUCUGCCACUGUUGGAUUCUAUGAAAUGAAAUAGCUUUAUUUUAUUCCUCAAAAUUUAAAAACUAUAUUUUUUAUGAAUUUGAAAAAUAAUUCCUUCUGAUUUUAUAGUAUUAUACGUACGUAUCAGUAGUUAUUUACAAAACACUGGAAUCUUAUAUUUUAUUAGUCAGCUGAAAACAUGUACAUAAAGUGAAAUAUAUUUUGAUACAAUGAAAAGAUAAUACAAGAACAAUAACUAAGAGGAUGUGUUUAUAGCUUAUUGAUAUACCACAAUUUGAUUAAAAUACAAAUCUGUAUUUCGUUUCGUUUUUUUAUACUUUUAAUGGCCCACACUACAUGGAGAUCUGACCGGUCGUACGAGCGGCUGUUGACCCAAUCCCGUCAGACAUUGAUUAAUCAAUCAGCCUAGACGCUUCUAGUGGUUUAUCCAUAGUCCCGUGCAUCGCACGCUAAGAACUCACUUCAACCAGUACGUCGUUAAUAUAACAACUCUUCCAGAUCCUAGUGUAGUAAAGACAAGUAAAACUAAACUUUGAACAAUAAAAAAAUGAAACGAAAUAGGAUCUGUGUUUUAAUCAAAUUUGGUACACCAUAAAUAUACUUUUUCUGAAAUAGAUUUGAUAUACAAUGAAAAGACCACACCAGAACAAUUACUUAGUAGAUGUGGUUAUAGCUUAUUGGCAUACAAUAAAUGUACAAUACAAAAACAAUUACAUGAUGUUGUAUGGAGCUUGUCGGUAUACAAUAAAUUAGAAAUGUGUCUAGAGAUGAAUGACAUGUUAAAAAGAACAAUAUGAACAAGAAUUUCAACGUGAAGUUCAUCAUUGUACAAGGGAAUAAGAAUAGGUUAGUUCUAGGUAUAAAAAUGGUUUGGCCAUUGACUUGUGAAAUGAUUAGAAAUGGGGUUUUACGUCCUACUGUUUUGCACAACUAAUAAAGACUGACAUACGCAUGUGAUAUGAGGUAAAUAUUGCCCGGGCAUUAUAUCGAAUUCCAACUGGCAAGGGUUCUUUAACGUGAACGCCAAUGUGUACACGGGACUCGGAGGGGCUGAGGUGCUACCAUUAGAGGCGUGAGUGUGUUUAAUGUACAUGGAGGGGCGGAAGUUAAACAUUGUGGUUCUGGGGUGUUAAAGGUGGGUGAGGACGGGUUCUGAAACAUUGGGUGGGUAGGGUUUUAAAUAUCGAUGGGGAAUGUUGUAAAACAUCGGAGAAACGGGGUGUUAAGCAUUUAAGGAGCCGGGGUGUUAAACAUGGGUUGAAACGGGUUGUUAAAUAUUGGAGGGGUGGGGUUGUUUAAUAUGGACGGGUUGUUAAACAAUGGCGGGUGGGGAGGGCAUCUUUGUUAUACAUGGUGGGACGAGGUGGGGGGUUUUAAACAUUGAAAGGAUGGGAUUGACGUCUUGUUAAAUAUGGUGGAAUUGUUGUUGAUAGAUAUAUUGUAAACUGUAUAAAUGUAUAUUUUGUUACCAGGCAACGACAGGAUAUGGAUCUCAUUUUUUUGUAUUGUGUGCAUGACUAAUUGGCGCUUUUCUUGUGACAAAUCUAUUUUUAGCAAUUUUGAAAGUCUUUGUGUUUGUACAAACGUUAUUGAAAAAUCUCGGGUAAGUAAAAAUUAACCCUGCUUUUUGUGUGUGGGUUUAAAGAUAACUUAAAAUGCCGAUUUAACCCAUGGCACGCACUCCCAUUUCUGUGAAAUCAGCCAUCUUCUAUAAUAUACUAUAUGGCAACAUUAAAAGAUUACGUCACAUCUGUAUGUUAAUUAUGUAUAUUGUCCCCCGCCUUUCGAAGAAAGCAGGGGACUAUUAAAAUGGGUUCGUCCGUCUGUCUGUCCGUCCGUCCGUCCGUCCGUCUGUCUGUCCGUCACACUUUUUGGGACACAAUAACUCUCUUCCUAAUUGAGCUAGAAUGUUCAAACUUGGUGUAUGUGUUUAUUAGGUCAAUGCCUUGAUGGAGUUCGAAGAUGAGCAUUUUCCGCUUAGGGUAAGCAGAGAUAAGCAAUUUGAUUGGUUGAUGCUUUGGGACACGAUAACUCUCUUCCUAAUUGGGCUAGAAUGUUCAAACUUGGUGUAUGUGUUGAUUAGGUCAAUGCCUUGAUGGAGUUCGAAGAUGAGCAUUUUCCGCUUAGGGUAAGCAGAGAUAAGCAAUUUGAUUGGUUGAUGCUUUGGGACACGAUAACUUUUAAUUGAGCUAGAAUGUUCAAACUUGGUGUAUGUGUUUAUUAGGUCAAUGCCUUGAUGGAGUUCGAAGAUGAGCAUUUUCCGCUUAGGGUAAGCAGAGAUAAGCAAUUUGAUUGGUUGAUACUUUGGGGCACGAUAACUCUCUUCAUAAUUGAGCUAGAAUGUUCAAACUUGGUGUAUGUGUUGAUUAGGUCAAUGCCUUGAUGGAGUUCGAAGAUGAGCAUUUUCCGCUUAGGGUAAGCAGAGAUAAAUAAUUUGAUUGGUUGAUGCUUUGGGACACGAUAACUUUAGUUCUAAUUAAGUGAGAUUGAUGAAACUUGGUGUAUAGAUUUAUUAUAUGAAUACCUUAACUAAGUUCGAUAAUGAACAUUUUUUGCUGAGGGUAAGCAGAGUGAUAAGCAAUUUGAUUGGUAGAAACUUUGGAACACAAUAACUCUCCUUCUAAUUGAGGUAGAAUGUUCAAACUUGGCAUAGGUGUCUAUUAGGUGAAUGUUUAAACUUGAUGUAUAUGUAGAUGUUCAUUAGGUGAAUGUCUUGACUGAGUUCAAUAAUUUACAUUUCGAGCUGAAGCUAAGCAGAGCUAAUCGAUUUCAUUUGUCGAUGGUUUGGGACAAGAUAAUCUUGAUUCUAUCUGAUAGAGAGUGAUGAAACUUAGUGAAAAAAAUAAAUGUGCGAUUAAUUAAUAUGUGUCAUCUAUUUAUUUUGCAAUUUCGGCGGGGGACAUCAGCCUCACUGUUGGCUUGUUUAUCAUGUUAUACAGCUGGUCUAUUGUAUAUAUCUAUUGUAUAUAUUUGUAUAUUCAAUGACAGACGAUGUUUAGAUGAGUUUUAUUUAUUAUUGUUUGUAGAUUUUGAUUUAGUAUGGAAUGACAUUUGUGCCAAUAAAUAAAUGUGAAAAU